AUGAAUAAAGCAUUCAAAUUGUACAAAAGUUAUAUGUGGAACAUGGACCCACAUACGUAGGAUACCACCUUAAUGUUAGUGCCUUUUCUUCUUUUUCUGUCCUUCAACAAUACCAACCUUGUCUGUCUUCAACUCCUUCCCCCUCUCUCUUUCACUUUUUCCAGUGGUGGGUCGGUGCAAGUUUCCGUUUUUCUUCUCUUUCUCGCUGUCAAAACCAUACCCAGUUGGAAAAAGCUUUCAUUUUUUCUCUCUAUAGUCUCUGCCAAACCUUGUUGAACCUUCAUAGUGUUUCUGUUUCUCAAGGCUUUUUUUAUUUUCUCAUCUGGGUUAUGCAGAAAUCAUUGAGUUCUGUUUGAGUUGGUUGGUGCCAAGCUUUUGUGUCUCUCAAGCUUUUUCUUUGUGAUUAUCAAUCUUUUUCAUUAAGUUUAAUCUUUCACUUUUCUGUUUCUCUUCAUAUUGGAAAAAAGUGGAGAUGGAAUCUCUGAACUUGGGAGCUGUAAAUCUGUUGCUAAUUGUUUCGAUUUCACUUUCCUUUUCUGGAAAGAGUGGAUAACUGAAAUUUUCAGCUUUUUCUAUGAAGUUUGAGUUAAUCAUUAAGGUCUGUGCAUGAACCAAAAAAAAAGUCAUUGAUAUACCUUUCUAUCCAAAGGAAGCUUAUAUUGUCAUAGAUAGAGCUUCACUCUUUUGUGAAACUAAGGGGACUGAAAAUUGAAUUCAUAGAUGCUUUGUCUUUUACUCUCUCAGCUUGAUCACACGAAAAGAGUCUUUUAACAACAGGUUAUGCAAAAUUAUACCACUGAGGAGUUUUGUAUGAGCAUAGUCAACAAAAAGCCAGGGAAAAGAGAAAGUAUUCAAAAGAAGUAAGUCAACUGUGUUAAAUCCAAUCAUCAAUAUGGCAAAGAGGUCUCAAAGAUUCCCUGUGCAGUAUGAGAAAGAUCAGUCAGGUUGUAUGUGGGGAUUUAUCAGUAUGUUUGAUUUUCGCCAUGCCCGCUUUACUCGGAAGUUGAUUGCAGAUAAGAGGCACAACACCAAGCAUGCUCUUGAGGCUAUACCUACCAAGAACAAAUUUGAGGCGUUGAGCAAUUUGGAUGAAGAAUAUCAAGGCAAUUUUGACAGAGGAGAGAGUACGAGACUAACUACGAAAACGGAUGCUGACAAGCUUAGUGUAAAGAGACUCAUAGAAGAAGAGAUGUUCAUUGACCGGGAUGAAAUAAAGGAUCAAAGUAAUAAUGUAGGAUCAAAGCGAGCCGAGUUAGAGUCUCGAGAUUCCCUGAAGACAGAUUCCAAAAGAAAAAGAAAAUCACGCAAGAGCCGAGAUAUGGACACCAAUGAUGUGAGUGUAACUUUGAAAUCAGAUUUCUCAGAUAAUCAGCACUUAAAGCAACAUUCAAGAGAUAAUCUAGAUUUGGACAAGAUAAUGGAAGAUUUUUGUCAAAUCGAACAUGCUUGUUCCUUGAUGCAUGACGACGAUGAUGAUGAUAGCAAAGUUAAUGCUCAAUCGAACCAAAAGAAGACCAAUUCGGAAGAACUUGCAAGAGAUGCAAUUCAUGAUUUUGUGAAUCAGAAGAUAUUGAGUGGGAAAGAUUGUGUAGAAGAUAAAAAACUUCUUUGCUCACAUGAACUCAUGGAAACACUUCAGGUCAUAAGCUCGGAUAAGGAAUUGUUUCUUAGACUUCUACAAGACCCAAAUUCACACUUACUGAAAUAUAUGCAGGAGUUGGAGAAUGCUCGAGGGAGAAGUGAAAAAGAAUUCAAUUCUGUUGCUGAUUCCAACUUCUCCGAACAAGACCUUCGCAGUCUAAAACAAACCAGGGAGAUUGUCAACCGAAAGCAUCGUAAAUUUUUCUGGAAAAAGGUAAAGUCUCAAUCAAAAGUAAUUGCAAAGACUGAGGUUCCAAAUAGAAUUGUCAUUCUGAAACCUGCAACAACGGGCAUGCAAAUUUCAGAAAGUGAAAACAAUGUUGCUUCGUCGCCUGAUUCGCGUGAUAUUGUCCCUUACAAAGGUCCUUCUUCUAUGAGAGUUGGUUCGCAUUUUUCUCUUACAGAGAUAAAAAGGAAAUUAAAACAUGCUAUAGGAAAGGAGAAGAAUGGAAGCUGUGAACUCCCUGCUGAAGGUGAAAUCAACGGCUCAAGAGGCAAGGCGAAUGGUAAAGAUAAAACUGGAAUGAAAUCUCCUAAUAAAGACCGUUUCUUCAUUGAAAAAAUCGCAAGACCUAUGUUUGAUGUUGUGAAAGGAAGCAAGACUAGUACAUUGAAAGACUCCAAAUUUAAUGCGGAACGUGAAAGUGGUUCUAAGAAGGAAAAAGUUUCUAACAUUUACAUCGAGGCUAGGAAACACUUAUCUGAGAUGCUAGAAAAUGGAGAUGAUGACACAGGCGUUUCUAGCAGGCAGAUUCCGAAAACCCUUGGGAGAAUUCUAUCUCUUCCUGAGUACAACUUUUCUCCUCUUGGAAGUCCUGGAGGGAAUUUGGAGCAUCAUUGUGCGAAUGGCAUCACACGUGCGAAAUUUUCCACUUCAGAUCAAAUAAUCGAGGUUAAUGACGAUAACUUGUCUCCCAAGCAAGUUACCUCUAUCGAUCAAACAGAUCAGGAAACAAGCAUUUCAGGGAACCAGUCAAGUGGUUGUGAUGAAAAUGAAAGAUCUAAUGAAGUACCGGAAAUUGAGACAAAGUCAACUUUCUCGCAUGAUCUUGGUCACGAUGAUAAUGUUGAAGCCAGAUAUCCUGUUAGAGAUGACAUUGUUGCUGAAGGUAAUGUCGAACUCGCAAAAGAUAUAAACGUUUUGGAAUCUUCCUCGGAUCCAAAUGACUGCAUUGAUCGGAAGGACCAAAAUAACGAUGCCUCAGAAAUUCCUGAUGAUACUAGAUUUUCUGAAUGUUUGAAUGAGGAUGUGAAAGAAGAGAACCAACCAUCAUCUCCACUGUCUUCCCCUUCUCACUCUUCCAUCACAGAGAAAAUCGAAGAGCUAGAAAGUAGUACAGAUGUAUCUGGUCGACCAAGUCCGGUUUCUGUGCUCGAUGUACCAUUCUCCGAUGAUGACCCUGGCCAUUCCACGUGUCAGCCUGUUAAACUACGAGUGCAGCCACUACAAAUUCGAUUUGAGGAACAAGAGAGUUCAUCAAUGGAUCGAUUUCGUAGAAGAAAAUGUUGUUUUGAAGAAAAUGAAUUGAUAUACGACUACAUAAAUGCUGUCUUCAACGCCUCUGGUUUGACACAAGAUCAAUUAUUGAUGAAAUGUCUUUCCUCUAACAAGAUACUAGAUCCUUCCUUGUUUGAUCAGGUAGAGUUCUUCUCGAACAUGCUUUUCCACGAGCAGAAGCUCCUAUUUGACAGUAUCAACGAGGUUCUCAUGGAGGUUUGUUGGCAUUACUUUGGAGUAUCACCUUGUGUAUCAUUUGUAAAUCCUAGUAUAAGACCAACACCAAAUAUGAAAAAGAUUAUUGUCAAAGUUUGGGAGGGAGUGUGUUGGCAUGUCCUUCCUUUGCCGCCUCCACAUACUUUGGAACAAAUUGUUAGGAAAGACCUGGCAAGAAAUGGAACAUGGAUGGAACUUCGACUCGAUGCUGAAACAGUUGGUUUUGAAAUGAGUGACACCAUUCUUGUAGAACUGAUGGAAGAUGCAAUAUUGAGCCUUGUGAGUGAAAGUACAGAAAGUUAAUGUUCUGUGCUUCAAUUUGAAGUGAAUGACAAUGAUAACAGCAUUAACAUGUAGAAGACAACUUGGUGGUUUUCUCUCAAGCAUGCUGUUAAGUAAGUUCAUGCAGGGGACAAAAAAUUGGUCAGGAAGAAUAAUGGGGUGUCAUAGGCUUCUUUAACCAUACCUGACUAAUCUGAUAUUGGAUAGCAUAAUGUGAAUGAAGAUAAUAUUCAAUAAGGAACCAUAAAAGCCAAGUUGCAGCUGCUUCUGGCAAAAGUACUAAAAUACACUUGUUUGUUUUUGUGACAACAGAUUAAGCAACAGUUUUAUUUGGGUGAAGGAUUAAGUUGUUUGAUAGUAGAGUUUGUAGAGUUUGAUUUGCUGAUCACAUUACCCGGUGUGUUGAUUUUUUUUUUGUUUGACACAAUACUUUGUAUAUUUGCUUUUUGGUUAACCUAUUGUAUUGAGUGUGUGUGUGGAAAUAAUGAAAUGUGAACUCAGCUUAGCAUAGUAUUGUAUCCAAGAGAACAAGUAGAAAUGUGAAUAAUUCAAAUAAGAAUA